AUGGUACGGGCAGCCAAAGAGCUCAAACUGGCAGUGAAAAGUUGGGAGCAAGAUGACAGACUCAGAGGUGCCUUACUGAAAGCAGAUAUUGACUGGGUCUUCAAUCCACCAGCUGCCCCAUACAUGGGGGGAGUAUGGGAAAGGCAGAUUCGCACAGUAAAGAAGGUUCUGCAGGCGAUUGUGGGCUCACAAGUUUUAGACGAUGAACGUCUGCAAACACUGUUCUGUGAAGUGGAAGCCAUAGUUAACGAGAGGCCAAUCACCCCGGUUCCAAACACUCCAAAUGAACCAAAGGCUCUCACGCCUGCUGAUCUUUUGCACUUAAGUCAAAAGGGUAAUCUUCCCUUAGGUGGAAGGUCAAUAGGCGAAUCAUACCACAGAAGUGUGGAAGCAUGUUCAGUGCCUUGCAAAUCAAUUUUGUAA